AUGUACAUCCGGCAUUUUGCAAGAAAGCAUGGCCUGUACGAUUACAUACGAUUCAAUAUAACAGUCAAAGCUGCACAAUGGAACGACGAAGCAUGGCACUGGAUUGUCACGGAUGAAACUGGCAACCAACUACGGACACGAUUUCUUGUUAGUUGUCUCGGAUUUCUCUCAUCCCCGACACUGCCAGCAAUUCCUGGGAUCGAUCGCUUCCAGGGGCAAUAUUUUCACACUUCUCGCUGGCCAGCUUCGCUUAACGUCGACCAUGACUUUGCCGACCGGCGCAUUGGCAUCAUCGGAACUGGCGCGACCGGCAUUCAAACCACCACAGCGCUGUCAAAGGUUCCCAACAUUCUGUCUCUGACUGUAUUUCAACGUACCGCUAACUGGGCCGCGCCACUCUGGAAUACCGAGAUAUCGGAGGAUCAAAUGGUUAGGUACCGCGAGCAAUACGGUGACAUUUUUAAACGUUGCUCGGAGACCUGGUCAUGUUUCCUACACGACGCAGAUCCCCGAAAGUCCGUGGAGGUCAGCCAAGAAGAGCGAAUUGCUCUCUGGGAGCGAGUCUAUCAUGAACCAGGCUUCAGCAAAUGGCUUGGAGUAUUCAGCGAUACCUACACUGAUCGAGAAGCCAAUGCGCUGUACACGACUUGGAUGGAGGGCAAGAUCCGCGAUCGGGUACAGGACCCAACAGUUGCAAAUAGCCUCAUUCCCGACCACGGGUUUGGCCUGCGGCGCGUGCCACUCGAAAGUGGCUACUUUGAAGCAUUCAACAAGCCCCAUGUGCACCUUGUGGAUCUGAAGUCCAGGCCCAUCCGAGAGAUUUCAACCCACGGUAUCAUUACUUCGGACGGAGCCUUGCACGAGAUAGAUGUUCUGAUAUGUGCUACUGGUUUCAACGCAAUUACUGGUGCCUUCAGUGCUAUCGAGUGGGAAUGCAGAGGGGGACGUCCACUCACCAGGCGGGCAGGGACUGAUAUCAACCAAGAGGAAGUCUGGGCAGACGACCGGCCAAAGACAUACCUGGGUAUUGCAGCGCCAAGCACACCAAACAUGCUCAUGGUGCUCGGACCUCAUCAACCAUAUGGCAAUGCCACGCGAAGCAUUGAGCAUGUCGUGGAAGUUAUUUGCGACAUGCUGGAGUACUGCAAGGACAAUCAUUACACUUAUUUUGAGGCGACAGAAGAAGCGGCCCGUGACUGGACCAAUCAUGUCAUUGAUGCGGGCAGUCGUGGGCUUUUGAACGAAGUUGAUAGCUGGAUGACAGGCGUUAAUAAGAAUGUUGAAGGCAAGACUGUCAGGAAUAUUGCGCGAAUCCAAGGCAGAAAACUAUAA